AUGCAAUGGCUGGGGCUGCUGCCGGGCUUAGUUGCUGGGAUCGCUCCCAUUGGGAUCCCCCUGGGACCCUCAGGCUCCCGCCCAGGAGCACGCGGAUCUGCGGUGCAUUUCGCGUUCCCUUUGGUGCGCUGGGUCAGGCAAUACUGUGACCUGGCCAACUAUCCGGGAGCUGUGCCGGAGGAGGAGGAAGUGGAGUAUGUCCGGGGCAUGUCCCGAGCUUUGCAGAGCAUUGAGAAUGCAAGCGGCCACUUGCAUUGGCGGUUUGUGCGAACUGGCUGGCUGCUGGGCAGCAUUUCUGCAGAACAUUUGGGCCCAGCGCUGCUGCGCUUCGUCUCUGCAGGUGUGAUUGGAGACGUGGCCAUCUCGAUGUGGCAAGGGCUUUGCCGCCAGGCAUUGUCGCAGACCCGGGCCUUCUACACUGUGUGGCUCAACCUCCUGCAGGCCGUCGGGUUCCAGGAUCAGCCGACCGAAUACGGCACAAGGAUGUGGGAGACUGGAAGUGCCAUGAGCACUUACUGGCUGCGCAAGGAGGCCACGCAGCCGACGUAUCUGCAGGAGCAGCAGCUGGCGAUUCUUUUCAGAUCCGUGGUGGCGAUCAACUCCGGUGCAGCAGCGUCUCCAUGCACCUGCCAGCUGUUCUACUACUCCUUGCUCCGCGAAUCCGUCACCUUCUGGGGUGUUUACUUCAAGCCGCGGACCACGGAGUUGGGGAGCUCAGGUGACGACGCCUGGAACGCCCAAAUGGAGACUCUCGACGAGAAGUUGAGCCCUUGUCAACUCAUGAAGGUUUCGCCGCUGUUCUUGGUGCCGUUUCAGGAGUUGGUCAUGCCAGAGAUGGACCAAGUACUGGGAGAUUUUGCCUGCUUGCCAAAGCGCAUUGUGACGGCGAUGGUGUGCGGCCAGUACUGGAUGCACAAAGGAGAUGCCGCCACGGCGAAGGAGUGCUUCAAUGCCGCAAGCCAAAUGUUGGUGAUGAGCAUGGACUGUUUCGACCAUGCGCUGCAGAGUUUCAUCAGUGAAGAGGUUCCCAACUCGAGGUGGCUGCAGUUCCAGGAGAUGUAUGCAUACAUGUCCCAAAUCGAUACGGCAGUCCGACCUUUCCAUGUGCCACGGGAUCUCAUUCCGAAAUCUGCGGCCAUGGUGAGCCGUGAACCACAACCACGAUCUUUGAGGAUCCCGGUGGAGCACAGCGUGAUGUCACUGCCUCCCCUGUGCCUGCAUACCAACAGCAGUGAGCUUCACCUACGUGUUCAAGGCAUCCCUCAGGAGCAAAAGCUGUUCAUUUACGACUUCACGGGGGCAUGGUCGCUGCACCGUGUUCACCUGCUUCAACCGCUGGACCUCAAAUCGAUGGACUACACCGGGCACAAGGUGGUCUUCGUUGGAGCCGACGUUCCAGCCUGGACCAACUUGGGCCACGCGCUGGACCGGUUGGUGACGGUUGUGUUCGGAACCUACAGACACGCCUACCUGAGCGGAGGCAUGGCCGAAGUCCUGAAGCUCCGUGAGUCACUGGAGGUCCAUGUCCGCUUUUCGGAGCAGGACUCCAGAGAUCUUGGCUUCGAGGUGAACCAUUCAGCCAGCGUUUGGCAACCGCCGGUCAUGCUGCCUUUUCUCACACUUCUCUCCUCUCGUCCAGCCCGGCUGCUGUCGGAACUGCCGGCGGAUCGGAUCAAUGCUUCCGCCCUCCAAUCGCUGACACAGGCUCGAAGCGACGGAUCCUUUGCACCGGCACUAGUGCAGAGGAUGAGCGCUGGAAAACGUGGCAAUGGUACCUGCUAUUCGGGAGGAUUCUGGUGCUCUCGAAAUGGGCCCUUGACUGCGCCAGAAUUACGACUGUUCCGAGUAGUCGCUACCCAGUUCCCUUUCUGGGGUGGCAGGUCGAAGCAGGAGCUGCUCAGCGAAGUCUGGGGGCUUCCGAAAGCCUCGGCGCCCGCCGUCUCCGCCGACCCCUGCCUCGAGAUUCAGAGCCGCAGCUGCCUGCGAGUCCUCAUCAUCCGCCGCGGAUCCCUGGCACGCAGCCGGGCGAUUGUGAACCUGGACGAUGCCUCGCGUUGGGCUGAGACGAGCUUCCCAAGCUCUGAAGUCCGGAUCGCCGUCGUGCAGAUGGAGCAGUUCUCCAUAGGUGAAGAGAUUGCGCUCGCGGAGCUGACGGACAUCUUCAUCGGGGCCUACGGAUCUGCGAUGUGGUGGCCGGUGUUCAUGGCUGCUGGCUGUUGCGCCAUGUGGCUGUAUCCGCUGAAUGCGCAGUUGGGCACGGGCUUCACGCAGAAGGUCCUCACCACUCGCUUGUGGUCAAAGCGAGCAACACUGGAGUAUUUGGAUCUCGUCGACCUGAGGCAUGUUUAUGUUCCUGGUGGCACGCCGCCACCCGGGACCCCUGGAAACUUCAGCCUUCCUCUCCAAGAGGAACGAUCCGACCGGCUUGCGUUUCAGAGACUGGACAUCUUCCUGGAUCUGGCUGAGUUUGGCCGCGCAUUCAAGGAAGCGGUCUCUGAGCAACGCACGCGGCUAACCAUGCUGGCCGGGGAAGUGAGGUCGCCUCGCGUGCAGAGACGCGUUACAAGACCGCAAGUCGACGGCACCGAACGAUUGAAGAAGGCACGAAGCAUCCGUCAACCAUGGCUCCGAGAUCUGAUUGAGGGGCUGUGGAUUGCAAGACGCACCGUCCUGGGCAUCGCAAGUGUGCUGGUUGCCCUCGGCCUUUGGCUGGCUCAGCAUGAGGAGACCCCUCUUUCAGCGGGUCGGUUUGGAUUGUGCCUGAACAUGGCGGCCGGCAGCAUGCGCUUCAGCCGACUGGAUGAGAGCGACAGGCAAGCUGGACAAGAGCUGGAGGAGUCACCUCUUCAGGAGGUGCCCUUGUCGGUUCUGCACAAGCGUGCUUCCCCAUUGAAUCUGAGCCAUCAGAGCCUGGCACAUGGCCUGGACAGCGCCAGAAGGCUGGACGCCUUGGAGUGGUUGGUCCAAGCCUUCGAUGCCCUGGACCUCGCAGACGAGCAGCUCUUUUCGGCUAUUGGUUUGCUGGACCGCUUCGCAGCGAAUGCCACAGCACCCAUCGCGGCAGGCCCAGGUGCCUUCGCUCUGGUGCUGGCCGUGAUGCUCGUGGCUCUGAAGGUCUCGGGCUUCAAGAAGGAUCUGGAGCGAGCCAGACGCCUGGUUGUGGAGGUUUCGGGCUCCUCGAGGCCCUGGGCCGCGGUGCGCAAGGCAGAGUUCAGCAUCCUCCGGCGCUUGGGCUUCCGCGCCUGCACACCCACGGCCUUCGACCUGCUAGACCGCUUACUCUCGGAUCUCUUCCCGUCCCAUGCAUUGCGUCUCGGCAACCCGUCGGCAGGGUCGGGCCCUAUGCCCUCGGCUGGAACCGAUCCAGCUAGCUGGGACCCGGAGUCCAAGCUGCGCUGCGGCAAUCUCGCCAGGUUCCUGCUAGAGAUGUGUGUGGUGUACGACCCCGAAGCGUUGUAUGGCUCUGGUCGCCCGCCCUUGGUCAGCGCUGUGGCCGCUUUGCUCCUCAGCCUCUUGUCUCAUUCUGCUCCCAGACACUACGCGCAGAUGAUGGCCGAAGCGGUCCAUCUCACCGAGUCCAAUCGCACGACUUUGAUGGAGAUUGCUGAGGCCAUGCGCAGCCGUUGGGUCAUGGAAGAGCAGAAGAACGGAGCAAACGGCUCUGUGGUAUUGGAGAAGUGGCGCAGGCGAUCGGGUGCCUUCGAAGUGUCACCUCCAUCGCCGUAUGACCUGCGGGCCCUCACCUCGGGCAUUACCAUGGGGGCCCCGGUGAAAGCCGAACCGGCCCGGAGCUACGCCCCUGCCAAGGCACCGGGCUCCCCGACGAGGGCUCGACGUCUCACUGGUGCAGCGGAGGUGCUGUCCGCUUUGCCCACGCCAGCGCGGCGGGCACCCGGCGGCCAGCGAACGGAGGCCACGGCCACGGCUGCGGCCUCUUCGACAAAGAAUCCAUUGGGUCAAGGGCAGCAGGGAUUGCCGGCACCGCGACUCACACAAAAGCCGCCGAAGGAGGAGUCGUACAAGCAGCCGGCAAAGCCGCAGGAGGAGGAGGCCAGGCGACAGCAGGAGAACCAUCGGCCUCCGCGCCUUUCGGCGCCGCAAGAGCCCUUGGCCUUCUGGCCCAUGCAGACGGGCCCUCAAGGUGCGGGAACCGCCGCAGAGCAACCUGCUGAGCCUCUUGUGGAACCUGAACCACUGCUGGAGCUGACGCACGUCUUGAACAUGGUGGCCCCACGUCCACAAAUACCACCGCCAUCCGGUGGGGUCAGCAACACGUCAAAGCUUCAGACACCAUCAGUUGCAGCAGAUCUCUUGGUGCAGUCGGCUCUGCGCAUGCAAUGGCCGGCUGACAAGAGGAAGCUCGCACCAAAGGACGCAGCAAGCACAUGCCGCGAAGCGGCCGGUGUCCUACAAGAAGCCAUCAAUCAGCUGUCCUCAGCUGCCAAUGUCCUCGAAUGCGGUGGAAGUGGUGUGCGAGAGGUUGCGAAGACGUACUGCGCUGAGACGAAGCGCCGGAAGACCUAUGCAGGACCUGCUGUUCCCGGCGCCGUCUCACCUCCUGUAGGGGGGAGUGGCAGUGGCAGCACCGUCAGCAGCUUGUCACGAGCACCCGCCGUACCAGCUGUUUAUCGUGGGAGCCCUCCCAUGGUGCGGACCACCGGACUGAGAGUUUGA